AUGUGUCUCCGUGAUGGCGGCGAAGUCCGCUGCGAAAAACAGAUGCACUCGGGACGAGUGGUCGACGGCACAUUCGCGCAGUACACGGUUGUCCCGUUUCGACACCUGAUCCGUCUCCCGGAGGGGCCGCCGGACGAACACCUCGCGCCGAUCAUGUGUGCCGGGGUCACGGCGUACAAGGCGCUCAAGGAGUGCUGUGCGGUUCCCGGGCAGUGGGUGGUGGUUUCUGGGGCCGGGGGAGGAGUGGGCUCGCUGGCGAUUCAGUAUGCUUGCGCCAUGGGGUACAGAGUUGUUGCUGUUGAUGCGGGGGCGAACAAGAGAGAGAGUUGUAUGCGUCUCGGAGCGGAGGCUUAUCUGGACGUCACUGGAGAGGAGGAUGUUGCUGCCGGCGUCAUGGCUCUCACGGAAGAUCAAGGCGCGGGCGCAGUGCUUGUGGCGGCUGGAUCGGCGCAGGCAUAUCAAGACGCGCUGGGUAUGUUGGCGCCUUUUGGGACGCUGGUCUGCGUGGGGAUCCCCCCGCCAUCGCAGGCCGUGCGGUUUCAUCCGCUCUUGUUCAUCGAUAAGGGCAUCCGUGUGGUUGGGUCCAUGGUUGGGUCCAAAGGUGAUAUUGCUGAGGCUGUACGAUUUGUGCAGCGGAGGGUUGUUGUGCCGCAGGUUGAGGUGACUACUCUGGACAGGAUAUCCGAUGUCAUGCAGCAAUUGGCAUCGCAGCAGUCGACCAUCAAACAUGUCAUUCGGCUUCCAGUUGAGUAG